AUCGAAACCACCGAAAGGCUUUAGGGAACUCCCAAAUUAGACCUCCUCGUGGCUUGUCUGGUCAGCGCGUUCCCUCCGCACCGCUAGGGGGCGAGAGUCCGAAAACCUGCCUACCCACGCAGCCGGGCCGCUCUUGGCGACGCGGUCUCGGUGACGACACUUCCCGUCAGGCUUGCCGGGAGUCGCGCGCUGCUGCAUCCACGGAGGCGGUGGGCUCGGGCAGCCAUGGAGCACUCGGGAACCAGCGAAGUGACCGGCGCAGACACGGCGGGACCCGACCCUCAGCUGGCGGUCACCAUGGGCUUCACAGGAUUCGGGAAGAAAGCGCGCACAUUUGACUUGGAGGCCAUGUUUGAGCAAACUCGAAGGACAGCGGUGGAAAGAAGCCGGAAAACACUGGAAGCAAGAGAAAAAGAGGAAGAAAUGAACAGAGAAAAAGAAUUAAGGAAACAAAUUGAAGAUAUUGAGUCAGCACCGUCAAGCUCAAGUGCAGCCAGAGAGCGCUCACAGUCAUCAUGCAGGGACACAAGCAGCAGUGACAGUGAGAGUGACGACAGUUCUGAUUCAUCUGACGAUGAGCUAAUCGGCCCUCCUUUACCCCCUAAACUGGUAGGAGAACCCGUUACUACUGUGGACGAAGGCAUCCUUGGCCCUUUACCUCCACCUCUGUGUGAAGAAGGAGAAGAUGAUGAUGAUGAAUUAGACGAUGAAGGAGAAGAGGAUAACCCCGUCCAGAGGAUUCCCGACUCGCACGAGAUAACACUGAAGCACGGCACUAAAACAGUUUCCGCUCUGGGUCUGGACCCCUCAGGUGCCCGUUUGGUCACUGGAGGAUAUGAUUACGAUGUUAAAUUUUGGGAUUUUGCUGGAAUGGAUGCUUCUUUCAAGGCAUUUCGAUCUCUUCAACCUUGUGAAUGCCAUCAGAUCAAGUCGUUACAGUACAGUAACACAGGAGACAUGAUUCUUGUUGUUUCUGGAAGCUCACAGGCCAAGGUUAUUGACAGAGAUGGUUUUGAAGUCAUGGAGUGUAUAAAGGGAGACCAGUAUAUCGUAGACAUGGCCAACACCAAGGGCCACACAGCAAUGCUUCAUACUGGCUCAUGGCAUCCCAAAAUAAAAGGAGAAUUUAUGACUUGCUCAAAUGAUGCUACUGUGAGGCUCUGGGAAGUUGAAAAUCCAAAGAAGCAAAAAAGUGUUUUUAAACCUCGGACAAUGCAGGGUAAAAAGGUCAUUCCCACGACAUGCACGUACAGCAGAGACGGGAACCUUGUGGCCGCAGCCUGCCAGAACGGAAGCAUUCAGAUCUGGGACCGGAACCUGACAGUUCACCCUAAAUUCCACUACAAGCAGGCUCACGACCCUGGCACAGACACGUCUUGUGUGGCUUUUUCCUAUGAUGGUAAUGUCCUUGCUUCUCGUGGAGGCGAUGAUACAUUAAAAUUAUGGGAUGUCCGGCAAUUUAAUAAGCCAUUGUUUUCAGCCUCAGACCUUCCUACCUUGUUCCCAAUGACCGACUGCUGCUUCAGCCCUGAUGACAAACUCAUAGUUACCGGUACCUCCGUUCAAAGGGGGUGUGGCAGUGGCAAACUUGUCUUCUUCGAGCGCAGGACUUUCCAAAGGGUCUAUGAGAUCCACAUCACAGAUGCGAGUGUGGUCCGCUGCCUGUGGCAUCCAAAGCUGAACCAGAUCAUGGUUGGAACUGGAAAUGGACUGGCAAAAGUGUACUACGACCCCAACAAGAGUCAGAGGGGAGCAAAACUAUGUGUGGUUAAAACCCAGAGGAAGGCGAAACAAGCUGAGACACUAACCCAGGACUACAUCAUCACCCCUCAUGCCUUGCCCAUGUUCCGUGAGCCCCGCCAGCGAAGUACGAGGAAACAGCUGGAGAAGGACAGACUGGACCCCCUGAAGUCCCACAAGCCAGAGCCUCCUGUAGCAGGCCCAGGUCGUGGUGGCCGAGUUGGAACCCACGGGGGCACCCUGUCCUCCUACAUUGUGAAGAACAUCGCUUUGGACAAGACCGAUGACAGCAAUCCCCGGGAAGCCAUUUUGCGCCAUGCCAAAGCAGCAGAAGAUAACCCAUAUUGGGUUUCGCCAGCAUAUUCCAAAACUCAGCCAAAAACCAUGUUUGCCCAAGUGGAAUCUGACGAUGAAGAGUCAAAGAAUGAACCAGAAUGGAAAAAACGUAAAAUUUGAAGAAUCUCAUUGAAGAGCUAUUUGCAUGGAGCAACAGGAUAGGAUACAGUGUUUUGUUUUGUUUUUUAACCCCUCCCCAAUGCUUAUGAAAUAAAAAUACAUUUUUACAAACA